AUGCUCCAUUACCACAAUAUCCGUCAACUCGCCGAGCCCCAGCUUCAUGUUUCGUGCCAAAACCCCGGCGACGUGGUCGUCUUCUCGUGUGGCGUCGGCCAGGACCGCUCAGGUCGCGGGCCGCUGUUCCGCAUCACCUCGCAAACCCUCAACCAAGUCUUCAUGGUUCGCGAUCUCACCUUUGCCGCUCCGACUGCAGCCGCUACGCUCGCUUUUGACGACGCUGUCUUUGAUGUCAUCGUCGCCGAUUCGUCCACCACCGUCCUUGUCGAGGAUGUCGCCGCGGAUGGCCUCAGCGCCCACUCACUCGUCACCGUCGCCUCGGCAGCCUCUGUGAUGUCAGUCCAGCUAACGUGGCGGAGAGUCUCAUCACAGAGAACCGGCGCCGCACCCGCACCGGUCCUGGAGCUCAACGCCCCACACUCUUCGUCAUCGUUUGUGGUCGUGCUCGACGCCGUUGACAUUCGCGGCGCAAGCGGCCCGGGCGCUGUUGCCGUCAGCUCGGCGUCCACCUCGUCAUGCUCGCUCACCGUCACUGACUCGAUCUUUGACGGCAACACAGGCUCGGCCGGUGGAGCGCUUGCUGUCACCGGUUGUGACGUUGUCGUCGCCGCUUCGACCUUUGUCAACAACUCGGCCGCCGCCGAUGGCGGCGCGAUCGUCCUCACCGGUGGCUCGGCUCACUCGAUCUCGACCUCAGUCUUUGAAGCCAAUUCGGCGUUGGGCGGCAGCGGUGGCGCUAUCUACACUUCGGGUCCGCUCAUCGCCACCGCUGUGUCCUUUUCUGCAAACCUCGCCACCACAACUGGAGGCGCUGUCUACGCGGCAGGGAUCGGGAACCUCACCCUUUUGGCCACCAAUGCAUCGAACAAUGCCGCCCCCAGCGGCGGCGCGUGCGUACAUGGCUCAGCGACAGCCUGGAUUGUCGUUUCUGGCGCUUCGUAUUUGACAUUCAACACUGCCACGGCCGGGCCCGGAGGAGCAGCUGCCGCUCCCCGCAUCGACGUUCACGGAGGCGCCGUUCUCUCGCACAAUACGGCAGCCGGUGGCUCCGGCUCCGGCGGCGCCCUUGCGUGUAGUGCCGUGUGUCAUGUACUCGGCGCCUCACUCGUAAGCAACGUCGCUGCUGCGCACGGCGGCGCCGUGCAUGUUGGUGAUGGCGCGCGCGCCACACUGACGUCUGCCUCGUUUUCGUCCAACUUUGCAGCUGCGACCGGCGGUGCUGUCGCUGUUGCGAACCAGAUCGCUGCCGCCCCCCUCGGCGCGCCCUCGCUUGCUGUCUCGGACUCAUCGUUCACAAGUAAUGUUGCCAACGCACCCGGAUCGACCGGUGGCGCCAUUGAUCUUGGCCUGCUUGCCUCCGCCUCGCUUGGUCCGCUCCCGUCUACGUUUGCCAGCAACUCGGCCCACGCCGGUGGCGCGAUUGCUUAUCGCCAUAUCCUAGUAGCGACAGGUGGUGACUUUUCCGCCAACUCGGCGACGGCUACUCACGGCGGUGCCGUGCUCGGCGUCGGCACGGCGUCGUCACUGGAUGCUGCUGACCUAAGCUUUGUAUUCAAUUCGGCUGCUGACGCUGGCGGCGCACUCUACGCUUCCGGCCCGGUCGUCCUUUCGAGCUCAACCAUCUCGCACAACUCGGCCGGCAUCGUCGGGGGCGGUCUUGGCUUUGGUGCCACGGCUGCUCCGACUCUGCUUGUCGACCUCUCCAUCACCAGCAACGUCGCAGGCAGCGGCGACGGCGGCGGCGUGCACACCACAUCCACGAAUGUGACUUCAAGCCGCUGUACCGUCAUCGGCAAUGCAGCAGCCAUGGGGAACGGCGGCGGCAUGGCGGUCGGUGGCGGCGGCAUGUUCAAACUCGUCGACACCACAAUCGCCAACAAUACCGCCGUCCACGGUGGCGCCAUUUUUGCCACUGCACCUGCUGCCGGCUCGGAUGUGGUCUCUAGCCUCAUCACCACCAAUACCGCCACCGGCACUGCGCCGACCGCCGCCAUCCAUUUCACCACAAUGGGUUCGGUCGGCUUUGAUGCCUCGGCGGUCUGUUCCAACUACGGCCUCAGCUGCCAGCCGGACCUUUGA